CCGAUUUGUGUUUUUCAGUCUGUAUCUUGAUAUAGCCUAAUAAUGUCCUAUAACAUUCUGUAUCUGCUGCUGUUUGUGCUGUUCACCUGUAACUGCAGUAGUGUGUCUAAAGCACAGGAGGAGAAGAAAACACUGCCUGACAAGAGCAAGUCUUUACCUGUGGAGAGCGGUGCUGCUGGGAAUCAGCAGUCCUGCCUCAUCACAGGCCUUUAUCCACUGUUGGCAGAGCUGAGCUCCACUCUUCAGUCUCUGAAGGCCAGUAUGGACCAGGAACUGUUGAGGAGAAAAGAAAAACAUAACAUAGCAUUUGCUGCUGCACUUGGAAACAGAGGAGAUGUUGGGCCAUUCAACACUGAUGUCCCACUGGUUUACCAAAAAGUCUUUUUGAAUGCUGGGUCAUGUUACAACUCAGGCACUGGCAUUUUCACAGCACCUGUUAAAGGAGUCUAUUUCUUCAGUUUUUCUGGACAUAACAAGACAUCCAAAACUAUGGCUCUAAGACUUGUUAAAAAUGGAGAGUCGAUGACAGUUGUAUACAACCAUCCUCUAACUGAUGCAGGUUUCCGGUUUGAAUCAUUGUCUAAUUCAAUCACUUUGAUGCUGGAGAAAGGAGAUCAAAUCGCCAUGCAUCUCUGGGCAAAUACAUGGGUGUUUGAUAAUAAUGAUAGUCUGACUUUAUUUACUGGCCACUUGGUGUUUCCUCUUUGAACAUCUUAUUACAGUUUUCCCUAAUUGUAAUUCCCUAAUUUUUUCUUAAAACAAGUUUCUCCCAGAUUUUAAUAAUUGCAUGUGUUUUAGUACAUGUCUGGAAAAGAGUAACAAUCAACAAUCAAAUUGGAAGCAUUUUA